GUAACCGGGUGUGCUCGUGUCGUAACAAUCGCGUAGAGAGUGUUUGGCUUCCCAUUAGUGCCACCAGGCCUGUCCAUCCAUCCCAACAACACACCAGGAAGUGCUCCGUGCGUGUGUGCUUUUUCAACACGUGCAAGAUGUGGAACAGCAUCACCGCCACCGGUCUGCUGGUCAUCUCGAUUGCAGCAUUGUGCCACGGUGCGUGCGAUGAACCGUGUCCUCCACCGCCAAAACAUUAUGCCGAGCUCGGUUGCAAACCCAUCGUCGCCGAAGGACAGUGCUGCCCGAAAAGGUACGAGUGUCCCGAGCUAACCGAUCGUGAUGGCAACAAGUGUUAUUUCAACGGAAACGUGUACGCACCUGGCGCGAAGCUGGCUCAAGCUGACCAGGAAGUGCACUCCUGCUCACCGGCUUGUUUUUGCUCGAAUUUCACCGAACCGGCCGCGUUCCAGUGUGCCAGUAUCGAUUGUUUCGAGUUCCUGGAACCGUCCAAGGAGGAGUGUAUUCAUCAGUACACGCUGCACGGGUGUUGUGCGCAUAACACCGUCUGUGGAAAGGAGAAGCUCGAGAAGUUAGCCCAGUGUUAUCUGGAUGGGAAGCAGUAUUACGAGGGCCAGCGGAUGUACCCGAAGGAUGAACCGUGCAAGUUCUGCUACUGUCAGUCUGGCUUCGAUAACAGCACGAUCGCGGAUAAUGCCAACUGCCACGAGACGAAGUGCGGGCUUGAGCUGCACGCUGGUAACCGGAUUGGGAUGGGUUGUAUUCCCAUCUACUUUGGCAACCAUCGGUGCUGUCCGAUCUCGUGGAAGUGCCCCUCCGACAGCGAUUCUGUGAUCGUCGAGGGACGUACCGAGGUGGAGUCGGAACCGGAUAUGCGAUGCAAGUUUGGUAAACUGACGCUGAACAAGGGAGACGGCAUUACCAGUGAUGACAAGUGCGUAGAGUGCAAGUGCACGGUGCCACCGUUGGCGCAUUGCAUCCAGCGGGAGGAUUGUUGAAAUUUUAGUAGCGUAAUCUUACAGGACAGUAUUUAAACAGUUGCACAAAUUAUACAAAAACCCGCCUAGGCUUAAGCAGCGCAUAUCGUGCAUACGAGCUGUGUGAGAAUAAAUUGAUCUUCAA